GGCGCGGAGCCGGGCCGCGGGAGGGCAGGGCCGGGCCCGGGUCGCCGCGGCCGCCUCUCGCCCCCACCGCCCGGGGCCGGGCAGCGUCCGGGGUGCCGCGGGGCAGGGCGUGGACUGACCGCCGCCGUCUUUCCGCGGGAGCCCGGCGGGGCGGCAGAGAAGGGCUCGGCCUGGCCCCCGUGCCGCCCCCCGCCCGGCCCGCGAGCUCGUUCAUGGGCCGGGAGCCGAGGCCACGCGCCCCGCUCACCUGCCGCCCGCGCUCCAGGCCCGCCAGCCCUGCCCGCCUCCCGGGAUGAGUUCACUGAAGAAGCUUUGCCCACCGAGUGCUGGGGUCGGGGGAGGGCGCACGUUGAAAGGUGCAAAGAAAUGGCUGGAGUGGAGGAAGGAGAUCGAGCUGCUGUCGGACUUGGCGUACUUUGGCCUCACCACACUUACAGGCUGUCAGACCCUCGGAGAGGAGUACGUCAACAUCGUCCAGGUGGACCCGUCACGGAGAUGCGUGCCCUCGUGGCCGCGCCGCGCCGCACUGGUGGCCCUGCACUCAGCCCUCCCCUACCUGCUGGACAAGGCCCUGCUGCUGCUGGAACAUGAGCUGCAGGCUGACAGGGACAGGCCCCUGCAGGGAGGCCCAGGGCCGGGGGAGCGUGGCAGGUCCCAGGUGCGGCGCUGGCUGCAGCAGCAGGUGGCCCCCCUGGCUGAGCCGCAGAAGAGGGUCCUCCUGCAGGCACUGCUGGUCUUCAGGCAGGGCCUCGCCUGCCUCUGGCGGCUGCACGUCGCCUGGUUCUACAUCCACGGUGCCUUCUACCACCUGGCCAAGAGGCUCACAGGCAUCUCCUAUCUCCGUGUGCACCGCCCACCCGGAGAGGACCUCAGGGUGCAGGCGAGCUACAAGCUGCUGGGAGCCGUCUCCUUGUUGCACCUGGCACUCUCCGUCGGGGUCCAGGUGUACAGCUUCACGCAGAGGCAGCGGGCGAGGAAGGAGUGGAAGCUGCACCGCAACCUGUCCCACCGCAGGAGCUCUGUGGAGGAGAGAGCCGUCUCCAGAACCUCCCGCUGCACACUGUGUCUGGAGGAGCGCCGGCACACGACAGCCACACCCUGCGGUCACCUGUUCUGCUGGGAGUGCGUCACCGAGUGGUGCAACACCAAGGCGGAAUGUCCCCUCUGCAGGGAGAAGUUUCUGCCCCAGAAGCUGGUCUACCUGCGGCACUACCGCUAGUCCUGUUGAGCCCGGGAUGCCCUGGUAACGCCAGCCAGGGGAGGCGUCUCAAAAUCAGCUUGCAGAGAAGUUAGAACAUUUUCCAGUUUGGUGUUUUUUGCUAUGCAGGAUGCUCUGCUAGCAGCUCAGGUACGGGAAAAAGCUAAACCUGGUGCUGCCACAGACCCACAAUCCUCAGGGCAGGUUUCAGGCAGGUGCAGCACUCCGAAGACCAGGCCACGCCUGUGACAGGCCGAGGGGGGCACUGAAGAGCCCCCCCACCCCCGAUACAAUUUCAAGAUGCUUAACUGUUUGGGAAAUUCACACAUUUUGGGUCCCUUUCUCAGACUAUACAGUUGAGAAUUCCAGAAGUAGGUCAGAACAAAAAUUUGAUUUUUGAGAAAACAGCUGUGAUCGCAGGCUUUGGCUGAACAGUACUGAAUUGGCAACACAGUGACCUACUUCGGGUGGGUGUGGACGGUGCCCACCAGCCUCCAUCUGAGGACACCGAGUCUCCUUCAAACCAACAAACCCCCAGGAAUGGCAGGGCACAGCAGCUGCAGCCCCCAGCACCAGAAGGCCAGGGGGCCAGGGGUCUCCUGGCAGGAUUCCAUACUAAGACCACACCCGCACAGAAGAGAAAGACUCAAGGAUCUAAAUCCAUCUCUGUAUACAAAGUAUGGGGCACGUGCCUUUUAACCCACUGGUGUCCCCUAAAUAGAAAGCAGCUGCCAUGAGCCCGUGGGACCCACCAGCAGGAGGGGGUGCAGCCCUGUGCCCCACCCAGGCGGGACCAGCCACUCCAGAAAGGGAGGAUUUGUGCCGAGUGCCUGACAGACAGCAGUCUGCAGGAUGCUGGCCUCCGCCCUUCCCAGCCCUCGCAGUGGCACACAGCAGCUCCUGGGCCCACCCUCCUCUGGAUCUUUUUUUUUUUUCAGGUUUUAAAAACUAACUUGUGCCAGAGGCAGGACAUAGCUGUAGACCUCCAUGGGAAAAUAAUCCCACAGAAGUGUUGGUAUAUCAAGACUGUAAGGAUGACCUGAAAGGGUUUUAUAAAAGUGGACAGCAGAAAAGCACCCUUGUCGCUCAGGCAGUCCGGAAUGUUCCCCACUGGAACUGCAGGGCCUGGAGGUCCAGCCAGCAGCACGGGCUUUUGGGAAAGACCCACAGACUGCUCCUUGGCGUCUGACUCUAGGAAUAGAGUGCGUCCCAUAGUCCUCCAAUAACAAGGGUGGGACGCCACGUCCUGUCAGCCAGACCGAGCAGUGGGCCUCCCCCAGGGCCUCCACGUGGUGUCCGCCUUGGGCCGCAUCUACCCCGGUUCCCAGAAGCAGAGCCAAGGCAGUGCCAGGUCGGGGGUGCCACAGGGCACUGCUCAGCCUUCAACAGCAAGGGUCUGAGCGCACGCUCGGGCUUGGCCAAGGGCACGGCUCGGAAAUGGUGUAAAGAGGAGGCCGACAGCUGUGCCGUCACAGACGCAGACGGGCUUAGAGCUUGGGUCCCAAGUGCUUCCCAGCUGGAGGAGCCUUCAGCAGUUUAAAAUGCAGGAGCAGGUGAUAAAAGGGUUUUAAGGUGGCCCCUUCAAAGCAAGAAGAAUUGCAUUUCAAAUACACAAAAAACAUCAAAAGAAAAUCCAGACAAUAGCGAACGUGUUCAGGAUCUAAAAUGGCCAGGCUGGUGGGAAGCAGCGCAAGCGACGAGUGCCGAACCGGCCAGACCCGGAGGAGACGGGCAGACCUGUGCCCCAGUGCCUGGACACCCCGAGGGACAACUCGUGUUUUCCACCAGUUCUGUUUCUGCCAGCAAACCUGGCUUGCCUUACGGGGGCCCGAACGCCUUUCCCAGGGGGGUUUCUUUCAAGCAGCAAGCUGUAGUGUUGACAUAAAGAUUAACAGGAGAAAGGGGGCACUGCCUUUAAUAAAGUUGGAAUUAAAAAGUCA